AUGCCCUCCCCGCCGGUGAAGAGGGACCCAGAGGCUCCCAACGGUCUGCCCACCAAGCCGCCCGUCCACAGUUCGACUGCGGCAGAUUCAGGCCGCACGCAAACCUCUCCGGGCACGCAAGAACACUCCCGCGUCGAGACCGGCCCUAUCCCCAAACCAGAUACUCCGCAAGAUCGAUUCAGAGCCAUGCUUGGCUUCGGACAGGAGAGAACGAACUCAGCGCAAUCCGGCGGAAGCACCGGCUUGCCCGCCGCUUCGAAUAAUUACCACCGGCCCGGUGCCGCAAAUUCUGGCCCGGUGGCGAUGCUAUCUUCCCAUCCUUAUUCCCUGUCACGCCUGGGCGGACCGACAGUUCCCGUCUCAAGCAACAUCUCUGCCCGCCCAGGCCUAGCCUACAACAGCCCGAUGCAGAUGCUGUCCCUAUGGUGCCAGAGCCACGGCUUCAAUCCGCAGUGGAUGGAAAUUAAGAACAGCGAUGGUACAUUUACCUACCAUGUUCUGGUCGGCGAGAGAUUUUUCUUGCACAACGAGAAGUUUCCCGAUCCUCGAAGUGCAAAGAUCGCGACGGCUCACAAGGCAAUGAUGGAGAUUUUGGGAAAAAACCUCCACAUCAGUCCCCAAAAACGCCGCGACGUUUCUGGUUCCGUGGAAGAGAUAUCUGCUCGCCUGAAGCAACAGGAGGACGAGACUACUAGUGGCCUUCUCAAUACCCAUGAGGGCGGAGCCACGGUCGGCCAGGGUCUCAAGUCAGGACAUGAUCAAGAUGAUCGGGAGAACCGCGAUAGGAAGCUUGGUAUGGGACGCCUUGUCCAAGCCUUCGAACGUGGUAUGGGGCAUGUUCAGAAGCGCGAAAUCCAGCGCGAACUCCAGCGCGAAACCGACCUUGCCGGCAUGUUGGCCCAGGUGGAGAGGGGUGACGCCAUGCGCACCUUGUUACCCGACCACUUGAGGGGCAAUCCCCUGGCUACCCGGGCCUUUCUUGAAGGUGUGGCCCUUGGGGCGAGUCUCGUGGAACCGACUUCUUCCGGUAAGCGGCCACGCUCUCCGUCGCCGCCCCGGUAUACCACGGACCGGGGUGGUAUGUCCAAGCGGCGCCGCAUCAGUCCGGACUACUACCGCCCCGAUCAUUCGUACAACCACCAGAACAUCUCACCCAGACCCGAGGACGGGUCUCUGGCUCCUGCAAACCGGCGUUGGCGCGAGUUGUACCCCGAGUUGUACCGGCCAUUCGGCGCAUGA